AUGCUGGAGUUUUCUGGGGGCUCCGCAGCUGCCCGCCUCACCUGUGUGGAGAGGCGGUUUGACCUGCUGGGGGUGUUCCAGUGGUUGCCAUCAACAUCUCAAUAUAGAGAAGCAAUGGAACUGGCAGAGGAGAAGCAGAGGGUUAAUAUUGCUGAGCAAGUAUACACAGCAAUUGGGAAGAUGGAGGACAAGGAAAAGAAAGAAGGAUUGUCCAAGUGUGGAAGAUGUAAACAAGCCUUUUACUGUGAUGUGGACUGUCAGAAGGAAGAUUGGCCAAUGCACAAGCUAGAGUGUUCUGCCAUGUGUGCUUUUGGGCAGAACUGGAAUCCCUCUGAGACCGUGAGGCUAACGGCGAGGAUCCUUGCCAAACAGAAAACUCACCCUGAAAGAACACAGUCAGAGAAGCUGCUUGCUGUAAAAGAGUUUGAAUCACACCUUGACAAACUAGACAAUGAAAAGAGAGAGCUGAUUCAGAACGACAUUGCUGCUCUUCAUCACUUUUACUCAAAGCACUUGGAGUACCCUGACAAUGCUGCCCUUGUAGUUCUCUUUGCACAAGUUAACUGUAAUGGCUUCACAAUUGAAGAUGAAGAACUCUCUCAUUUGGGAUCAGCCAUAUUUCCUGAUGUUGCACUGAUGAACCAUAGCUGUUGCCCAAAUGUGAUUGUAACUUACAAGGGGACCCUGGCUGAAGUCAGAGCUGUUAAAGAGAUUGAGCCUGGAGAAGAGGUUUUUACCAGCUAUAUUGACCUGUUGUAUCCCACAGAAGACAGAAAUGACCGGUUAAGAGACUCGUAUUUCUUUAAUUGUGAUUGCAGGGAGUGCGUUACGAAAGAAAAGGAUAAAGAGAAACUGGAAAUCCGCAAGCUGAAUGAUCCUCCAUCAACAGAGACAGUACGGGACAUGAUCAAAUAUGCCAGAAAUGUGAUUGAGGAAUUCAGGCGAGCCAAACACUACAAAUCUCCUAGUGAAUUACUGGAGAUCUGUGAACUCAGCCUGGACAAGAUGGGUGCAGUGUUUGAAGACAGUAAUGUUUAUAUGUUGCAUAUGAUGUACCAGGCCAUGGGUGUCUGUCUCUAUGUGCAGGACUGGGAAGGUGCACUGCGUUAUGGGCAAAAAUUGAUCAGACCGUACAGUAAACAUUAUCCCUCGUACUCUCUGAAUGUUGCCUCCAUGUGGCUGAAAUUAGGGAGACUCUAUAUGGCACUGGAGAACAGAACAGCUGGAGUUAAAGCCCUGAAGAGGGCAAUUGCCAUCAUGGAAGUAGCACACGGGAAAGAUCAUCCAUACAUUUUGGAGAUCAAAAAGGAAUUAGAGGACCACUGAGCCUUUGAAUCUAUGCAAUCCUUCAAACCUUUAUUUAAAAAGCCUUGUUAUGGAAACCUUCAGGAGCGCUUUGAAAAGCGGUAGAGUAUGAACACAGUUCUGUCCUAUAAUUGGAAUGACAAACACACUUACGCCUUGCACAAUGUUCCUAGCUUCCACAUGUCUACAAUGCCUUUUUUUUUUCAAGGAAGCAUCCAUGGUUUAUUAAAGGUUAUGCCUUUUUUGACAGCUUAUGUGCAAAAAAUGGCCAUUUUUUUCUUUACAGAUUUUAAUGUGUAUCUUAUUUGUGUAAGGUAAAUAAAGCGGUCUUGACCCCUCUUGA